AUGUCUAAGCAAAGAAGGCAGGGCGAGGAGGAUGAGGCCAACUACUACCACGACCGCAGCGGCAACAAGGAGAAGAGUCUCUAUUUGGUUCUAGACGACUGGCACAAGGGCUUCACCAUCCGCAAGAUCGAUGCCGACCGUCCCGACCUCAGCGCCUCCCCUGUCCUCCGGCUAGUGUCACCUAAGCGUGGUCAUGCCAUGAAGUUCGCAGCCCAGGGCGGCUACAUCAUCGCCACGAGCAACAUACAUGCCGGAACCCUCUUCUACGACACUGACACCGCCGGACUGGCCGUCGGCCCUCCCGUUCCAGACACACUGCUUUGUGGCUUCAACACCUUCCUGACCUCCGACGCCGGUGACACGCUGUUCGUGUUCGCCUUCCACUUCAUGGAGCGGCCUGUGUCCUUUGAGCCGAUGGCGAAGCUGCCGACGACGGAAGACGACAACCUGCUGCCCACCGACUGGUCCUGGAGAAGCAUGACGACGCCCUUCACCAAGGACGAGAUGAUCUUCUCCUACGCGCUGCACCCGGAUGGGCGCACCAUAUUCGUGUCCUCGUGGAGCAGGGCGGUCUGUGGCACGUACUCCGUCGACACCAGGAGCUGCAAGUGGAGGCGCCAUGGGGAGUGGAUGCUACCUUUCAGAGGCCGAGGCUACUUCGAUGCCGAGCUAGACGCAUGGGUCGGGCUGCACGAGGACGGAUACGUCUGCUCCUGCCAGGUUGCCUCCCGCAGCGGCGGCACCACGCAGCAGCCGGAGUGGAAGAUGGCUGGCGAGCGUAGGAUGUGGAUCCCGUGGCAUCAGCUGGAGUUUCGCCUGCGUCGGAUGUGA